AAGGGGAAGAUAAAAGACUUUGAUUCAUGAAGAAUCUGGUCACCAAGAAGUGUAUAUCAAGCCAUUGCAAUUUCCAUCAAAAAAGAAGUAAGCAGAGAAUGCAGAGGAAGGUAGACUCCAGGUCUUUUAAGGAUGGUACAGUUAAGAAAACUUAUCCUCCAAAGAUACUGGCCAACCAGAAGUCUCCUGCCUCCUCUGGGAUCCGGAGUGAGAUAUCUAGGGCCAGUCAUCCAGUUCAGUAUCAUGCCUCACAUGGUUGGAUCCGAAGGAACCGGUUACGAGAAUUGCGUAUCAGAUGCGUGGCCAGAAAGUUCUUAUAUUUGUGGAUUCGAAUGACUUUUGGAAGAGUAUUUCCCUCUAAAGCCAGGUUUUACUAUGAGCAAAGAAUACUUCGGAAGGUCUUUGAGGAAUGGAAAGAAGAGUGGUGGGUUUUCCAGCGAGAGUGGAAACUCUGUGUUCGAGCAGACUGUCACUACAGAUAUUACUUGUACAACCUGAUGUUCCAGACCUGGAGGACCUACGUGCGUCAGCAGCAGGAGAUGAGGAACAAGUACCUUAGAGCUGAGAAUCAUGAUGCAAAGCAAAAAAUGCGGCAGGCCUGGAANAAAAUGCAGCAGGCCUGGAAGUCCUGGCUGAUCUACGUGGUUUUUCGUAGAACCAAACUUCAGAUGCAGACCACCGCCCUGGAGUUCAGGCAACGGAGUGUUUUGUGGGUGUGGUGGAGCCAGUGGAGGCAGCAGCUGGGGCAGGUGCAUGUGGGCCACGCCCUGCUUGAGUCAGCGGUGAAGCACAGGGUCCUGAGCCUCCAACGGCAGGCGUGGUCACGGUGGUGGGAACAGUUCCUGCAGGUCCAGAGGGAGAGACGGAAGAUGGUCUCUGCAGUGAAACACCAUCAGCACUGGCAAAAGUGGAAAUCCCUGAAGGCCUGGCUUGAAUACCUGCGGGUCCGCAGAGUGAAGAGACAGCUGAACGAGAUGGCUGAGCAAUUCCACCGGGUCACUGUGCUCCAGACACGCCUCUGUGAUUGGCACUGGGCCUGGAAGCAGAAGGAGAGCUUGUACGCCCAGCACGCCCGGGUGGAGGGGCUGGCCAGGAGGAUGGCGCUGCGGCGGGCCUUCACUCACUGGAAACACUAUGUGCUGCUGUGUGCCGAAGACGCGGCCCAGUGGAAGGUGGCAGAAGAACACAGGAGGCUCAGCUUGCUGCACUUCUGUUUUCGAGCCCUAAAAGACAAUGUGACCCAUGCCCAUCUCCAGCAAAUAAGAAGGAAUCUCGCUCAUCAGCAGCACAACAUCUCGCUGCUGCACAGGUUCUGGGCCCUCUGGCAGUCUCGGAUUGAACAGAGGGAAGAGAGGGAGCAGCUCCCCUUGCUGUGUGCCGCCAGGGACCACUGCAGAAUAAUGUGGCUACGCAAGUGUAUGAAAUCGUGGUUACAGUACACUCAGAAGAGGCGAUACAAGCAGCGGCUGCAGUCCAGAGCAGACAGCCAUUUCCAGCAGAGAGCCCUGCCUGCGGCCUUCCACACGUGGAGAAGAUUCUGGCGAUGGCACCAGCAGGAAAGUGUUCUCAGUGCGAGAGCAGCACGAUUUCACAGGGAGACAUUGGAGAAGCAAGUAUUUGCUAUUUGGUGGCAGAAAAUGUUUCAGCAUCGAGAAAACCGGUUGGCAGAGAGAAUGGCCAUCCUUCACUCCGAUCGGCAGCUCCUGCAGAGGUCUUGGUCCACGUGGCACCGGCAGGCAGCAGCACGUCACCGGGAGCAGCAGUGCACGGCAGCGGCCUGGGCCCACCACCGCCACCACCAGCUCAGGAGGGCUUUCUGCAUCUGGAGGGACAGUGCCCGAGGGCUCAGAAGAGAGAAGACAGGCCUCGUGCUGGCUGCAGAGUUCCACUGGGCGCGGCUCCUGCGCUGGGCCUGGGACAGGUGGAGGGAGGGCCUGGCCCUGCGCACUGCCGAGCGGUGGAAGCUGACGCGCGCCCUCCUGCACCGGCGGCGCGCCUCGCUCGGCCGGGCGCUGCGGACCUGGCUGGCGUACCAGAACCAGGUGCGGAGCAUCCUCCGGGAGGCGGCGGCCAGGGAGCGGCGGCACAGGCGGCGGCAGCUGCGGAGCGUGUUCCGUCGCUGGAGAGAGAACACCCUGGCCCUUGUGAAUGAAGCCAAGCAAACCUCCCGAGCAAGCGCUCACUACCGGCGAACCUUGUGUUCCAAGGUCCUGGUGCAGUGGCGGGAGGUGGCAUCUGUGCAGAUAUACUACCGACAGCAGGAGGACUGUGCCAUCAAGGAGGCCCAGAAGGUGCUGGAUAGAGGCUGUCUCAGGACGUGGUUUCGGCGCUGGCGGGACCGAGGCCAGAGGGCAGCCCAGCAGAGAGCCCAGCUCAGGAGGGCGGCAGCGCACCACGGCCGGCAGCUGCUGCUGCAGGCAAUGGCCCGCUGGACGGCGCACCAUCGGGGCUGUGUCAGGAAGCGGCUCCUGCAGAGGCAGGGUGCCCAGCUCCUGGCCCAGACCCGCAGCCGGGCCUGCUUCCUCCAGUGGAAACAACAGCUGGUGAACAGGAGGCGGGAGCAGCAGGGCACCGCCCGGGCCCUGUGGUUUUGGUCCUUCUCACUACAGGCAAAGGUGUGGGCCGCGUGGCUGGGCUUUGUGCUGGAAAGGAGGAGAAAGAAGGCGCGUCUGGAGCAGGCCGUGCAGGCCUACCACCGGCAGCUCCUCCAGGAGGGCGCCACACGCCUCUUGCACUUCGCAGCCGGCAUGAAGGCCUUCCGGCAGCAGCUGCAUGCCCAGCAGCAGGUGCAGGCGGCUCACAGUCUCCACCGUGCGGUCCAUCGCUGUGCCAUGCUCUGGAAACAGAAGGUUCUGGGCCAGGGCAGGGAGCCUCGGCCCCCCACAUCCACCGUGCCCACCAGGAGAGUGACAUUUGACAGUCCCCUUUCCACCUGUGUUGCGGCUGGGGCUGGGGAUGCCGCCCUGGGGACCAAGAAGCCACGAGAUCCUCAUGGGCCCUGGGGAGCUCUGGGCAGCCUGUCCCUGGCUGUCGGGGACCCCCAACUCCAAGAGCUCAAUGCUGCCCGCCUGGCAAGAAAGCAGCCUCGACGCCCACAUUUCCUGCUGGAGCCCAUGCUGAGCCAGAGGCCCCUAGGGUGUGGCACCCUCGGGGGGAAAGGGCCUGAGGCACCGCGGGAGUGUGACCCAGGCGUGGCCCAGACAGCAGGCCCUGCCCUGAUGAAGCCUUCCCUGCCAGGGGCCUGGACAGCACUGGUUCCAAGCAACCCCCUGCCCCAGCCCAGGGCCCUGCCAAGUCACCCUGGCCCGAAGCUGCCCCCCAGGUUGAAUACAGGCCCAAAGCUGCUGCCCCCUUCGUCCUUCAUGCCACGUGGGGUGGAAGCACCUGCCAGGGCGUCUGCACAGCCCACCAUCCCUGGGCUGACAUCCCAGGCGUCACCAUCCCCAGCCCCUGUCCCUCACUCCCGCCUGCUGCUUCCUGGGGACUUCACAGGCCCUGGGCCUGGCUCCACAACCACAGGUGUGCACUUGAGGCCCGUCAGCACUGCGGGCGCUCAGGCUGUUCCCGGUGCCUGGGAUCCCUCCAUUCAGCCUUGGCCGAGCCUCGAGGGUGAUCAAGAUCCAGCUUGUUCUGUCACCAAAGGCCACGUGGACCUGGAGGCUGAGCUGGAGGGCAUCCAGCAGCAAUUGCAGGACUACCAGACCUUGAAGCAGAACCUCUUGUCCUGCCAGCGGCAAGCAAGAAGCCUGCACCGGUGGCUGGAGCUGAGCCAGGAGGAGCCCGCGCCUGAGGACCAGGAAGCAGAGCGGCAGGUGCAGCAAGAGCUCCAGGAGGUGGAGCGGCAGAUCCAGCAGCUGGCCUCUGAGCUACAGGCCCGACGCCAGCCCCUCCACGCCUGCACCGCCCGUGUCCAGGCCCUGCGGCGGGCUCUGUGCUAGUCACUGCCCCAGGGCAGCCGCAGUCCGCCUCCAGGAACAGAACGCAAAGCUGCGAUGAGUUUUAUUUUUUAUUUCAAAAUGUUGCAAUUAAAUGAAUUACUGUUCAGAA